UGAAAGAGAAAUUAGCACAAAAGAGACCAAUGUAGCCAAGAUUAAAGUUGUGGUGCGUAAAAGGCCUUUGAACAAGAAGGAGAUUUCCCGAAAAGAGGAUGAUAUCGUCACUGUACAUAAUAAUGCAUAUUUAACUGUCCAUGAGCCUAAGUUAAAGGUGGACUUGACUGCAUAUGUGGAGAAGCAUGAAUUUUAUUUUGAUGCUGUUCUGGACGAGCAUGUUACAAAUGAUGAGGUAUAUCGUGAGACUGUAGAACCAAUUAUACCAACCAUUUUUCAGCGAGCAAAAGCCACAUGCUUUGCUUAUGGUCAAACAGGUAGUGGGAAGACAUACACAAUGAAACCUUUGCCUCUUAGAGCUGCAGAAGACAUUGUUCGGUUGUUGCAUCAGCCAUAUUACCGCAAUCAAAAUUUCAAAUUGUGGCUUAGCUAUUUUGAGAUAUAUGGUGGGAAACUUUUUGAUCUUCUUUGUGACAGGAGGAAACUCUGCAUGAGGGAAGAUGGAAAGCAACAAGUUUGUAUUGUUGGAUUACAGGAAUUUGAAGUCUCAGAUGUUCAGAUUGUUAUGGAUUUUAUUGAGAAAGGAAAUGCUGCACGAAGUACAGGUUCUACGGGAGCCAAUGAAGAAUCAUCAAGAUCUCAUGCUAUCUUGCAACUCGCAAUUAAGAAGCACAAAGUGGUAGUUGACACCAGAAGGCAAAAAGAUGGCAAUGACUCUUCUAAGGGUGGCAAGGUUAUUGGGAAGAUCUCUUUUAUUGAUCUUGCUGGAAGUGAGCGUGGUGCUGAUACAACAGACAAUGAUCGUCAGACACGAAUUGAGGGAGCAGAAAUAAAUAAGAGCCUUUUAGCUUUGAAGGAAUGUAUCCGUGCUCUAGACAAUGAUCAAAUUCAUAUUCCAUUCCGUGGGAGCAAACUGACAGAGGUGCUUCGUGACUCUUUUGUUGGCAAUUCAAGGACAGUUAUGAUUUCUUGCAUUUCUCCAAAUGCGGGUUCUUGUGAACAUACCCUUAAUACCUUAAGAUAUGCUGAUAGGGUCAAAAGUCUUUCCAAGAGUGGUAAUCCUAGAAAAGAUCAAGCUACUGGAUCUUUAGUUCCUUCUGGCAAGGAAUCAGCUUCACCAUCAUCAUUUCCUUUCUCGGUCGAGUCAGAGGAUCCUCUCGAGCAAAACCAAGAGGUAAAGGUGGCAGAACUGCCUAGGAAAAAUAUGGAAAGUUUUUCACAUAAUUCCACAUCCGAGGUUGAUAGGAAUUCAUCCUGUAUGAUGCCAAUCUACACCCAUAAUGGAAGGGAAGAAAAUGGUGUAACAUUAGGUUCAUUUGAGAUGGAGAGGGUUGACAUGAAAAGCAGUCAAAGCAGCUAUGGUAACAAGAUAUAUUCUUCUGUUCAGAACUCAUUUGAUGGUCAGGAUGAAGAAAAGGUACCAAAGGUCUCCCCACCUCGUAGAAAAAUUUCUAGGGAAGAAAAAUCUGAAAAAGUAAACUAUUUGUUAAGAAAAGACGGUCCACCAGAAUUACCUGCUACAGGCCGUAAGCAGCAACAAAUGUUUGAUUCUACUUCUAACAUUGUGUCAAGGCAAUACGAACAGGAAGUUUCAUGUAAUGAUGGGGAAAUUGAUGCCUUACUUGAGGAGGAAGAAGCUCUCAUAGCAGCUCAUAGAAAAGAAAUUGAAAAUACAAUGGAGAUAGUGCGUGAGGAGAUGAAUUUAUUGGCAGAGGUUGAUCAACCAGGCAGCCUUAUUGACAACUAUGUGACACAGUUAAGCUUUGUGCUCUCACGCAAGGCUGCAGGUCUGGUGAGCCUUCAAGCUCGGUUGGCAAGGUUCCAGCAUCGUCUAAAAGAACAGGAGAUCCUUAGACGUAAGAGGGCACCACGAUAGUUGCUUUGUUCUGAUAGUUUGGGUUGUUUUUUCAUUGAUGCCAGUAGCCACUUGUGCCCAAAACCCAGUUUCCCGUUUUUUUGAUUCUUUCAACAUCUCAGUCAUAUCGUCAGUUGGAAAAGGUUAGUGGCUUCAAGAGUAUGCAUUUGUAACGUGGAAGAUGUAGGUGACCUUGGAGGUGCCCCUCUAGUUUCAGUUUCUUUGAUUGGUUAUCUCACCUGUUUGCAGGUGCGACCGUCCGCUCUGUGAAUGCCAGGUUGUGUGGGCAUGCAUGUGAGGUUAUCAGCCUGCAGGUUAUUUGAAGCGUGUCAAGAUUAUGGGGUUGAUUCUGGAGGACCAUGAUAAGAAAAAUGAAUUGGAGAAAACGAUUUUAGGUGGUUUAAGCAUUAAAUCUCCAGAGAUGUAUGUAACCCUUUCUCUAUCAUUGUUGUAUUCUUUAUUUCUAUGUACUCAUUUAAGCUGACCGGUCCCAAGAAAGUGUGAGCAAUUAAUAUAUUGUUAAUGCAAAAGACUCAGCACCAUUAAGCAGGGAACGUAUUGUUAGCUGAAUUAAUCAAUGAAAUCUCUUCAUUGAAAAGAAAAAAAAA